CUUGAUUUUUGCAUGUGUACAUGCCAAGUGGGCCGAGAAUCGUUCUUUCUUGGGCAGUUGUAUUACACACACAUGCACUUACGAGCACGGGCAGCACCAUUUGCGCACGUGGAACAGAGGUUCUAACCUGAGCGAAUGUAAUUUCUCCAUAAGUUGCAUUUGACAUAUAAAAAUGACUUAUAAGCUCAUAGUUGAUUCUAAAAAUCCUCCGGCAGAUGCCUUGAUAGUAGCAGAAAUAAUUAAAUCUGAAAAGAAAGAGAAGAUCGAAGUAAUUUGGUGCAAUGAUUGGGAAGGUCAUGGAAAUGUAAGACUAACUGAUGACAUACAUAAAGUGUUGGGAGAAAGAAGCAGUGAUGUUAGUCGUUACUUUGCUAGAACUUCUUAUACAGACCUUUAUGGUGGUAACACCCCUCUGGAAAAAACUGAAGUUGAUCACUGGUUAUCAUUCAUAAUUGGACCUUUGGCAUCCCGAUCUUUAAAAGAAGAUGCAUUGCAUUAUUUGGAUCGCACAUUAAUGACAACUACUUGGUUGGUUUCCAAGAAGUUGACAAUAGCUGACAUCCAUGUGUUCAGUGCUCUUCUGGAUAAAGAGUUCCUGCCGAAGUUUGGAAAGCAAUUUGUUAAUAUAAGUAGAUGGUAUAAGCAAAUAAUGUCACUGCCUGCUGUUGCAGAGGCGUUACUUUCGAUUAAAAAGAACGCCAAAUUAUCUUCUUGUAAUAAUGUGCAGCCUGAAAAAAUUGUUAACAAGCAAACAGGGCCAAGAAAGCAAGAAGGUAAAUUUAUUGAGCUACCUGGAGCAGAAAUGGGUAAGGUUGUAGUACGAUUUCCACCAGAGGCAAGCGGAUAUCUACAUAUCGGCCAUGCCAAGGCAGCCUUACUGAAUCAGUAUUAUGCAGACACAUUUCAAGGACAACUGAUUAUGCGAUUUGAUGAUACAAAUCCUGCAAAAGAGAACGUACAAUUCGAGAAAGCCAUCUUGGAAGAUUUGGAAUUGCUUCAAAUCAAACCAGACCGAUUUACACAUACUUCCGAUUAUUUUGAUUUGAUGUUGGAAUACUGUACUAAACUUAUAAAAGACGGCAACGCAUAUGUAGAUGAUACACCAGCCGAUGUAAUGAAAGAACAACGCGAUAAGAAAGAGAUGUCGGCGAAUAGAAAUAAUUCGAUUGAGAAAAACCUUCAUUUAUGGAACGAGAUGCAACAGGGUCAAGAAUGUUGUGUUAGAGCGAAAAUUGAUUAUCAAUCGGCAAAUGGUUGUCUACGAGAUCCAACAAUAUAUAGAUGUAAGCCGGAACCUCACCCACGAACUGGGAGGAAGUACAAAGUCUAUCCAACAUAUGAUUUCGCUUGUCCUAUUGUUGAUGCUAUUGAGAAUGUCACCCAUACUUUACGUACCACGGAAUAUCACGACAGAGAUGCCCAAUUUUAUUGGAUAAUCGAUGCACUAGGAUUAAGACGUCCAUAUAUAUGGGAAUAUUCCCGUCUGAACAUGACUAACACCGUUUUGUCAAAACGAAAGUUAACUUGGUUCGUCGAUCAAGGCUUAGUAGAUGGUUGGGAUGAUCCCCGAUUUCCUACAGUGCGGGGUAUUUUGAGAAGAGGAAUGACAGUCGAGGGACUGAAGCAAUUUAUUAUUGCUCAAGGUAGCUCGAGAUCUGUCGUUUUUAUGGAAUGGGAUAAGAUAUGGUCAUUUAACAAGAAAGUUAUUGAUCCGAUCGCUACUAGAUAUACUGCUUUGGACCAUGACAAGGUUGUUCCUGUGCAUAUAGAUGGUGCAAAAGAAGAAUGGUUAACCGUUCAAAAUCAUCCAAAAGAUCUCUCAAAAGGCACUAAACAAGUUUUAGUCAGCUCGCAAGUAUACAUAGAAAAGGACGAUGCAGAUAUGUUAGUGGAAGGAGAAAAUGCUGUUUUCAUCAAUUGGGGUAACAUAUUGAUAACGAAAAUUGAAAAAGAAAAUGGUAGUACUAAGAGAAUAACGGCAAAAUUGGAUUUGGAUAAUAAGGAUUACAAGAACAAAUUAAAAAUCACGUGGUUAGCGAUAUCUUCUGGUAAAAACAAUGUAGAUAAAACUAAUUCGAUCCCAUGUUAUGCCGUUUACUUCGAUCACAUUAUAAGCAAACCGGUAUUGGCAAAGGAUGAUGAUUACAAAAACUUCAUUGCGAAGAAUACUAGAGUGGAAGUACCAAUGCUUGGAGAAGUAGAAUUGAAACGUGUCCAAAGAGGAGAGAUAAUUCAGUUGCAAAGAAAAGGAUUUUUCCGAUGCGAUGUACCUUAUGCUCCUGUUAGCCCGCUUUCUUCUAGGGAACAGCCUUUAAUUCUGUUUCAUAUUCCAGAUGGUCAUAUGACAAAGCCUGUAUCUGUUAGCAUUACAUCAACUGUUAAACAAGUUUCGCAUGAAAAUAAUGCAAAGGAAGAUGCAAACUCAAUUAAUGAAAAAAUUAUUGCACAAGGGGAGAAAGUGCGUUCAUUGAAAGCUCAGAAGGCAAAUAAAACUGCGAUCGAUGCAGAAGUAAAGACUCUUCUGGAUUUAAAAGCUAAAUACAAAGCAAUCACCGGUACAGAUUGGAAACCGAGUACAGUCACGAAUAAAUCAUCACAAGCAGUGGUGAAAGAAGAUAAAUUAUCAAAAGAUAUUACAGAACAAGAAAACAAAAUUAAAGAACUGCAAUCGAAGAUAAAUCAGGAAAUGCAACGACUUUCAAAUUUAAAGUCAGAAUAUAAAAAUAAGACUGGCACAGCCUGGGAUACAGUAGAACUUCAAAAUGUAACGCAAAAUGAUGCAUCUUCAGAAUUGGGAAUUGAGAAAUUGUUUAACGAAAUUCAAAAUCAAGGAGAUAAAGUAAGACAAUUAAAAAGUGCGAAAGCUGAGAAAAGUGUUAUCGAUGAAGAAGUGAAGAAACUUUUAGCUUUAAAAUCAGAAUACAAAUCUGCUACUGGUCAUGAUUGGAAUCCAUCUAAUACACCAAGCGCGGCCACUAGUAUAGUAAGAGAUCAUGAAAUGAUAUCCGAAGAAAUCCAGAAACAAGGAGAUAAAGUGAGACAAUUAAAGAGUUCGAAAGCAGAGAAAAUUGUAAUUGACGAUGGAGUGAAGAAACUUUUAGCUUUAAAGUCAGAAUAUAAAUCUGCUACAGGUCAAGAUUGGAAACCACCGCCUGUGCCGAACUCGGCCAGUAAUGCAACAAAUAAUCAUGAAAAGAUAUCCGAAGAAAUCCAGAAACAAGGAGAUAAAGUCAGACAAUUAAAGAGCUCGAAAGCGGAGAAAAGUGUCAUCGAUCAAGAAGUAAAAUUGCUUCUAAAAUUAAAAGCCGAUUACAAAACUGCAACUGGGGAAGAAUGGAAACCAUCUGCUAGCCAAGGAAGUAAUGUAACAAAUAAAGCUGAAUCAUUCGAUCAAUUUUCGGAGAGCAUACAGAAGCAGGCAGAUAAAGUGAGGCAAUUAAAAGAGAGUAAAGCAGAUAAAAGCAUUAUCGAUCAUGAAGUAAAGAUUCUUUUAGAUUUGAAAGGUAAAUAUAAAACGUCAACUGGUCAAGAAUGGAAAUCAUCAAAGCCUGAUACAUCAUCCAAAAAGAAGAAGAAGGAAGAUACUCCAAAAACCGAAAAACAAAAGAGUACAUCUAAUAAAGAAGUAAGUAAAAACGAAGGUGUGAAAGACGUAGAUGCUGCUAAAACUGGCACAAGACUGGGUUUGGAAGCGAAGAAGGAAGAAAACUUUUUCGAAUGGUAUUCUCAAAUAAUUACUAAGGGUGGUAUGAUCGAAUAUUACGAUGUAUCAGGCUGCUAUGUUCUCCGUCCAUGGAGUUUCGCCGUUUGGAAGAUAAUAAAGGACUACAUCGAUAAAGAAAUAACGCAGAUGGGCGUUCAGGAAUGUUACUUCCCUAUUUUUGUCACGCAGGCAGUGCUGGAGAAAGAGAAAGCACACGUAGCAGAUUUUGCACCUGAAGUCGCAUGGGUAACGAAAUGUGGAAACUCAGAUUUAGCUGAACCGAUUGCUAUACGACCGACAUCAGAAACUGUAAUGUACCCAGCUUAUGCUAAAUGGUUAAGAUCUGAUACCGAGCUUCCGUUAAAACUUAAUCAGUGGAACAACGUUGUUAGAUGGGAGUUUAAAGAUCCCAAACCCUUCUUGCGUACGAGAGAAUUCUUGUGGCAAGAAGGUCACACUGCUUUUGCUACUAAAGCUGAAGCUGAUGAAGAAGUUAUGAAAAUUUUAGACCUGUAUGCUAGAGUAUACGAAGAUUUGAUGGCGGUUCCCGUCGUUAAAGGCCGUAAAACCGAGAAAGAAAAGUUCGCUGGCGGUGAUUACACUACCACGGUUGAAGCUUUUAUUUCAACGAGCGGCCGUGCGAUACAAGGAGCGACGAGUCAUCAUCUGGGACAAAAUUUCUCUAAGAUGUUUAACAUUCAGAUAGAAGGUGUCGCUGAAGGGGACGAGAAAACAUUUGUUUAUCAGAAUUCUUGGGGCUUAACAACUCGCACAAUCGGAGUUAUGAUAAUGGUUCACGGAGAUGAUAAAGGCUUGGUUUUACCACCGAAUGUAGCCAGCGUUCAAGCUAUCAUAGUGCCAUGCGGUAUUACAGCAAGCACGACACCGCAACAAAGAGAAGUAUUGUUCUCUGAGUGUAAUAAAUUGUUAGACGAAUUGUCGAAAGAUAAAACGCUUCGAGUUAAAGCGGAUUAUCGUAGUAACCGCACACCAGGUUGGAAGUUCAAUCACUGGGAACUAAAGGGUGUCCCUGUAAGAGUUGAAUUAGGCCCAAAAGAUUUGGAAAAGAAUCAGGUCACAUUCGUACGCAGAGACAAUUCUGAAAGAAUACUCGCGAAGAGAUUUGACGUAGUCACUGCUCUACACAAGUUAUUAGCUGACAUACACGAAAGCAUGCUUAGCAAAGCAAGGAAAAGCCUGAACGAGCAUAUCAAGCGUGCAGACAAUUGGGACAAAUUUUGUUCUUAUCUCAACCAAAAGAAUUUAUUAUUGUCACCUUUUUGUGGAGAAUCGUCUUGUGAAGAUAACAUUAAAGCUGACAGCGCGCGUGAGGAUACAGGAGAGGAACCUGGAACACUAUCGAUGGGAGCAAAAAGUCUUUGCAUACCAUUUGAGCAACCAUCCUCAUCAAUACCUCUCGAUAAGCAAAAGUGUAUCCAUCCCAAGUGUAAGAACAAACCAAGAUUUUAUACACUUUUCGGUCGUAGUUAUUAGUAACAUUUCGACCUUAUUUAUUAAUAUUCAACAAUCGUUUUGUCUAAAGCCUAACAUAAGAAAUGUAACAAAAUAAAAAAAAUUUAUAUUUAAAGUACUUAUAUACUGUAAAUUAAAAGUUUAAAAAAAGUU